AUGGCGGCAUCGCAAAGGUUUUGCUUUUACCUGGCUCUCCUGGCAGUCAGCUUCUCAGCCCGGUCCACGGCUUCCCGUGUGCUCCAGCAGGCGCCACCUCUGCCCAUCCCCAUGGCUCCGCCGUCGCCCGGGCUGCCUCCAGUUGGGGCAGCCCCCGGGCAGUGCGCCGGCGUCACAUUCGCCCCGAGCACACUGGGACCGGUCGCCGCCAAUUGUACCGGUCCGCAGCUGUCCCAGCUCGCAUGCUGCAGCGCCAUCAGUGGUUUGUGGGAGAUGGCCGGGAUUGCGUCACCCCAGGCAGCCCAGACGCUGGGCACUGCCACCAUCGACUUCAACACGGAGCAGGCGUGCCUCGCCGUAACGCAGCAGGCGCUCGCGCCCCUGGGCGUUACCAUCGACCUUCGCCAGCUGUGCGCGGGCCCUCUGGGCGUAUUAAUCACGCCCGGGAACACGUGCCCCAGCAAAGACCUGCCGCCGGCCGCCGCUCAGAACGUCAUGAGCGCAUGCGCCAACGUGCCCACGUAA